UCUCCGCUUCCUGUCAUCAAGCGCGGUUGCAGCGCCGGCUUGAGUUAUAGCAACUGUUGCCUUGUGAAUAAAGCGCCGUAGUCACCGUAGUCCUGGCGACUGUUACCCACCAACAACAGCAACCGAGGUUCCUGCUAAGUCCAUUGUUAGAACCCACAAUUGGAGAACAACGGUCACAAUAGCCCAAUAUGCAGACUUCUGAGGCUGGGUCAGACACCACAUCAACAGUGACUUUGCAGACCUCGGUAGCAGGACAGCAGGCGGUGCAGGCCCAGGUGGUACAACAGGUACCAGUUCAGCAACAGGUACAGCAGGUGCAGCAUGUCUACCCUACACAGGUGCAGUAUGUGGAAGGGAGUGAUGCUGUUUAUACCAAUGGAACUAUGCGAUCAACUACCUAUCCCUACUCGGAGGCCCAAAUAUAUAACCAGAACACUGGAGGAACAUAUUUUGACACCCAAGGAAACUCUGGCCAGGUGACAACUGUUGUCUCAUCUCACAAUAUGGUGGGCACUGGCAGUAUUCCAAUGGGUGUCACAGGCGGUCAGAUAAUCAGCAGCUCAGGGGGUGCCUAUCUUCUAGGCGGGUCAAUGGAUGGAUCCAAUCACCCAGUCAGUCACACAACACGUGCUUCUCCAGCCACAAUUGAAAUGGCGAUUGAGACACUCCAAAAGUCUGAUGGUUUGACAGCUCACAGAAGCACUCUUCUCAACAGCCAUGCAGGGAUGCUACCACUGAGCCAAGCUGAUACUUUGAAGAAAGUGGAAAUGGAUGCUUGGAAGAAAGCUGUCUUGCUUCAGUGGUUAUUGGACAAUUAUGAAACAGCAGAAGGUGUCAGUCUUCCUCGAAGUACCCUGUACAACCACUACUUGCGUCACUGUCAGGAACAGAAGCUUGACCCGGUGAAUGCAGCUUCUUUUGGGAAACUUAUUCGCUCCAUUUUCAUGGGUCUGCGCACAAGGCGGCUAGGCACAAGAGGAAACUCCAAAUAUCACUAUUACGGCAUCCGGAUCAAACCAGACUCCCCACUAAAUCGCUUGCAGGAGGAUAUGCAGUACAUGGCUAUGAGGCAGCAACCCAUGCAUCAGAAACAGAGAUAUAAGCCUAUGCAGAAAUUGGAUGGAAUAGGGGAUGGCUUUGCAGGAAGUGGACAACAAGUUCCAAACUCUGCGGAACAAACCAUUGUAGCACAAAGUCAACAUCAUCAACAGUUCCUUGAUGCCUCUCGUGCUCUUCCGGAAUUUAUAGAGCUUGAGGUUGGAGAUAGCCCCUUAUUGGAUGACAUCAUUAUUGAGGACAUCAGAACACUACAGAUUCUCUAUAGGGAGCACUGUGAGGCGAUACUGGAUGUAGUAGUGAAUCUUCAAUUUAGCCUAAUUGAAAAACUAUGGCAAACAUUCUGGCACUAUAGUCCAUCCCCUUCAACAGAUGGGACUACUAUCAAUCAAACCAGUGAGAAUGAAAUAGAAGGUAGACUUCCAAAGGCAAAGCUUAUUGCUCUGUGCAAGAAUGAUUCCGUCCUCAAGUGGAUGUGUACCUGCGAUCAUGUAAUGUACCAGGCUCUGGUGGAAAUCCUGAUUCCAGAUGUCCUCAGACCUAUUCCUAGUGCCUUGACCCAAGCCAUUCGCAAUUUUGCAAAAAGCCUUGAAGGAUGGCUGACAAAUGCCAUGAACAAUAUACCACAGCAAAUGGUUCGCACCAAGGUUGGAGCUGUAAGUGCCUUUGCUCAGACACUGCGUAGAUAUACGUCCCUCAAUCAUUUAGCUCAAGCUGCUCGAGCUGUGCUGCAAAACACAUCUCAAAUUAACCAGAUGCUGAGUGACCUCAAUCGUGUAGACUUUGCCAAUGUCCAGGAGCAGGCUUCCUGGGUGUGUCAAUGUGAUGACAACACAGUACAAAGACUGGAACAUGACUUCAAGAUGACGCUCCAGCAGCAAAGUACCCUUGAGCAGUGGGCUGCCUGGCUUGAUAACGUGGUGACACAGGUGUUGAAGCCCUAUGAAGGGAGCGCUAGUUUUCCCAAAGCUGCUCGUCAAUUCCUGCUGAAAUGGUCCUUUUACAGUUCCAUGGUUAUUCGAGACCUGACCUUACGGAGUGCAGCAAGUUUUGGUUCUUUCCAUCUGAUACGCUUGUUGUAUGAUGAGUACAUGUUUUAUCUGGUGGAGCACAGGGUGGCUCAGGCUACUGGGGAAACGCCUAUCGCUGUGAUGGGAGAGUUUACUGAUCUCAGCACGAUGUCUCCACUGAACAUGUAUAAAGAUGAAGGAAGUGAGGUUGACAGCGAAAUGGAUGACGAAUUAGAAGAUCCUGGAGAACCACCUUUCAAACGAGAGAAAAUAGACCUAAACCAGACAUUACAAGGUGUAUGUGUUGCGUCGUCCCUUAACAGCACCAUACAGCCAGACCCUCUGAUUCCACUUCAUGCUGAUCAAAUCAUCACAAGUGUGGCUAGUGCCAGGCACUGCAACACUGCCGGAAGCACAUACACAGCAGUCUAAACAUAAACAUGAGCUCAGAGUGAUAACCCCUCUUUUCUUUACAUCGUCUGAAGCCUCACACUUUGGUGGCUUCAGCUAUUCAGAUAACACAUAUUACUAUGCUGAAUGUUACUCUCAUACACUAAAUGGGUGUAUAUAGUUUUUUUUUAAGUUGUGUUUUUAGUUCAAUGUUGGCUACAUGAGGUUCUCUGUAGAUAUGAUAGAUGUUAUUAUGAUGAACUUAUAACAAUACAAGUUGAUUUAAUUAGUUAAGAUUUUGAUUCAAAAUAUAUUCUUAUACAUAAUUCAGGGCAGGAUAUGCACACUUGACAGCAGAAGUACAUGAAGGUCAGGGCUUGAAUUCAACAAUAUCCUGUUGUCUUACUGCUUGUUUUAUCAUUUUCGUUCAAUUCUGUUUCAAUGAGAUCCAGGAUUGAUAUUUCUGCCACUUUUCUUUAAUGCACUUAGACAAGUUUAUAAUAGGAUAAAACUAUAUUCGAUACAAAUUAUCAUACAUAGGAGCUUCUAUCUUCCCAGCAUCAUGUGGGUUGGUGUGGCAUGGUUAUCAACAAUAGUAUUCUUGACCAAAGUGUUUGCUUAAGUAACAAGGUUUGUGCCUCACCACCAUUAAUGCCUCAGAUUUCAAUAAUUGUGCUGUUACCUCAAUGAUUGUUCCAACUACAUUCAAUUUAUUUAUAAUCAGAGCGCAUUAGUUCCUCAGUCUAUUAUUUCCAAUUUAUUUUCACUAUACUUUACUCAGAGAUGGUUUUUCACUGGACGUGAUUUCUCACAAAAUUGGAGAUUCCUUUUUAAAAGAAACACAUUUCUGCCAUUUAAAUGGUCACUUAUCUGAACACGUAAUUGGGUUUUCUACUAAAUUCCAAUCACAAAGCAGUUCAUUUCAGCAUAUUGAUGUGCUCUAAGCUUUGGCCACAAAUAUUUGACUGUUACACACAGAAGAGUCUAUUUUUUUCAUUCAAAAUGAGCCACACUUCUGCUGUUGAAUGAUGCAGUUUUGGAAUGUAGAUUGAUGGUUAAAGUUGAAAGCUUGAGAAGGGAGGCAGUAGUCAUUCUUAUUGUUCUCCCAAAACUGUACUGUAUUGUUAAAAUCAAAAUCUACUUAUUUCUUUUAAGUAACCCUCCUACAUUUGCAGUAGGCAUAAUGGAAUUCCCUUUGAAACGUCAAUGUUUUGAAUGCUACUGAUUUGCAUCGCAGUGCAGCCAUAAUUAAUAAAGAUUAGUUUAAUAAAUUUGGGGGGAUAUAUGUUAAUAAUCAAGGCUGCUGUAUGUGGUAAAAUAUAUUGCAUUUGUUGCAGUUAUAAAUACACUUUAUAAAUAGGGUCUUGCUAGACCAACAAAAAGUAUACUGUUUCAUUGAAGUUCAGUGUACCUGUAGUUAAUGUUAGGACAGACAGGUUCAUUGCAAAUUGACCUGUCUGUCUCAUCUGUUUUGCUCUAGUGUCUUUAGCUGCUAUUUAUAAUAAGACUUUACAAGGGGUUGACCAAUACUACCUGUUGCCAGUACUCCUAGAUGUUUUAGUGGAUGAAAUAAGAUUCAAUGUCAGUUUCCUUUCUGUAAAGUUAGAUGUAGAUUUCAAAUAGGUUUGACUCAAAUAUUAGAAAUUGGACUGAAAUGUUGUUACGCAAGAAUGGGAAUCUGAUUUUGUGAAAAUAUUGAAUGGCUAUUUACAUUUAUUUAAAACUGGCAUCAUGGUUGGUAAUUACUGUGAUAUCCCAGCUGGUUCCAGUGGCUGUAUUAGCCAACUCCUCAGUGCAACUACAAAAUACAAGGAAUGUAGCACUCAGCAUAGUCUUGGCAGCUUUACAUUGAGUUUUAUGUGUGUUCUGUGUGGUUGUCCAAAUGACUAGACCAAAAGUACUGUAGCUGGCACACCUCACACAUACUCAUCAAUUCUGUAGGAACAGACUUGGUAGGCAGUUAAUUGCCGCUUCAGGAAUGUACGUCAGGGAUUACUGUACCUCGGCUAUUACACAGUGCCUUAAACAGUUAUGGGAAGAGUUAAUUUUUGUAGCUCAGCAAGGUGUGCCUGCUGUUUUUCUAUUAUCCACAGGGGAAGACAUGGAAAAGAAGCUUGAGUGAAAAUUCUUAGAAACCUAUGUCUUUUUCUUACACUAAGAAUGAGUAUAUUUGUCUAUGAAGCCAUGUGGAAUUACCAAUAUAUACAUCAAUCAGGAGUUGUGACAUAUCUCAAUUAUCUAAGAGGGGAAUGUGCCACAUCUGAUAUUUUGGAGCAACUCAGAAGUCACUAAUCAAUGCAAAAUUCUUGACUUAUUUUUUAGCUCAUUCUAAAGAUAAACAGGUUAUGAGCAUUCAUUGGCAUAGAUAGGCACACACAUUGUUCUCCCAUAUAAUUGCUUGAAACUUAGUGAGCUACUCAAUAUGUUCUACAUUUAUUCUGAAAAUUAAUCCUGAAGAAAUGGAAAUGCAGUAUACAAAUACUGGAUCCUCUACUUAUAUAAUCGCCAAUCCUGUUUGGUACUAUAUAUGUUUUUUUCAAACUUCCCUCUCACUUAGUGAAAAUGAUUUCUUUUCUGAGGGAGAAUGGAUCCCUGAAUGUCAGAUUUUUUAUCGUGGUUUUGGUAAAAUAUGCUCUAAUUAAUCAUAUUCAAAUCAAGAUAAAAAGAAAAUCUUACUACUCGGUUAUUUCAGUUUGUUUUAAAAUGAAAUGAUUUUCAGUGCUAUGGCAGUGAGCUAUAGAAAUUAGAUAAUAAAUAACUGGACUUUGAAAUGUGAUUCCCUUGGUAUACGGUUUCAGAUUUUAAAGAAUAAAUAAAAAUUCUGAAGAACACUUCAACAUACCCGACCAGAAAAAUAAGUUACAAAAUUUAUUUUGAAAGAAAAACAGAUAUUAAUAAUAUUGAUAUAUAAAUGUUUACCUUCAGCCAAUAAAACCCAACUUAAAUCAUUCCUAAAUGAAAACAAAGCAACAGAAAAUAUAAUUUGGUUGUUAUGUUUUUUAUUAAACUAAUUAGGUUUAAACAAACAUACUCAUUCUUUUUUAGCAUCUGAUCAUUAUUAAGCAUUGUGAUCAGGAAACAACAAAAGAUCACAGGGCAGCUUUGACUGCACCUUGGUGAGUUGUGGGAGAGGUGGGGUGGGUCUCCUUGAAUCUGUUUGCUGUGCUUUCAAACCAAUUUCCAACGGUUUAAUUUUUCACACAGAUUCUGGUCUUAACAGUUUUAAUGUUAAUUAAAUCAUUUUUGGGGCACAUAUUUCAAACAUUAUGCCCACUUACAAUCUUAAAAAAAUGUAUUACUUAUUUCUGUUUUAUGUUAACAUUUGCAUACUGUUCUGGACCAAAAUGUGUUUAUAUUGUGUAUCAAUGUGUUUGUAAUGAUUCAGAAAAGCCUUCUAUAUAUUUCUUAUCUUUGUUCUUUUUUCAAUGUUUAGUUGUCAUGCAGAUAUAUUUGGAUUGUAACGUGCAAUUUAGAGGAUUGUUAAGGGGAUAGGGAGGGUUUAUCGAUAGAUCCUGUGAUGACAAAUGUAGUUCUGUAGAACAGAACAUACACUGCUCUGAUUAAACAUUAGACUCAUUGAACUUUGCUAGCAAUGAGCAUUUUGCCUGGCAGAAAAACUGGAAUUGAAGCAUGACCUUUAUAUUGAGUUUCAGUACUAACGGAUAACAGUCCAGUGAAUUGUUCUCAUACGUGAAGGUAUGCAUUGAAAGCUCUGUGUUUUGGCAGUAGAAGUGCUUCUCAGUCUGCAUGCCUUUCUAUAUGCUGCUAGUUGGUGGUUUUGUUUUGGUGCCAGUUAGGUAACCACAUUUUAAUUUUCUCGCACUUUUUCCUGCUUAUAUCAUCACAUUUCAAAGAGCCACUUACAGAGUGAAUUAUUUCAACCUUUAUUAAAUAUUUAUACGUAAAUUAAAUACAAUCCCAUUUAAGCCUUAUCACAAAAAUACUAGUGUCAUUUUUUUGCCAAAUGGCAUGAUGUGGAGUACUGAAGUAUUGAAGAGAGAUAACAUUGACAUGUUGUGACAGUUCCAAUUACCAGCUUGUUUCAAUUUCAGUUUCUGAAUGUAGCACCCAAAGGUAUUGUAGUUUUGUAGCACCAAAGGUUUUGAUUAAGUGCGUCAUUGCUAAAGUUUAUCUAAUUUGAGAAUGCUUAUAAAUUAGUUCCAUUUUAAAAACAGCUCAUAUAAAAAAUGCCAUUGCUUGAAUUGUCGGAGCAUUUUUUCCCUUUUUGUUUCAAUCCAUUUCUGUGUCUUAAUAAUAUUUUUGCAUCAAUAAUAUGUUUGUAGCCAUGACCCAUUUGGAUAAUCUAUGUUCAACCCUUUUUCAGUGGUGCCCUCCAAAUCAAUGGUUGGGAUGCAAGAAUGGCACAAUUUAACUACCCCUCUGGUAUUCGAGCCAUGACAACUGUUGAACAAAAAAUAAACUGCUGGAGGAACUUAAUGGGUCAGGCAGCUUCCAUGCAAGAAAACAGACAGAUGUUUUGGAUUGGGACUCUUCUUCAGACAUAGUAAGGGUACUGACCUGAAAUGUAUUCUCACCUACAUCUGAGACACCUCAUGUGCCCUUCAACUCUUUAAUAACUUUCAAUGUCAAGGCCCCCAUUGCAUCAUCUUCAGCAUGGAUGUCCAGUCCUUCUACAUCCCACACCAGCAAGAUCCCAAGGCCCUCAGUUUCUUACUCCAACUAAGACCCAAUCAAUUUCCCUCUAACAACACUCUCCUCCGCCUGGCGGAACUCGGCUUCACCCUCAACAACUUCUCUUUUGACUCCUUUCACAUUCUCCAAAUUAAAGAUGUAGCCAUGGGUACUCGCAUGGGCCCCAGAAUGCUAGCCUUUUUGUCGGUUAUGUCGAACAGUCCUUGGUUCAGGCGUACAUGGGACACUAUCCUCCAACUCUCUCUCCUCUACUUCAACUACUGCGUCGGGGCUGCCUCCUG